GCGAUACGGGCAAAACACUUACCGAAGACGAACGGCAUCAGGGCGGCGGUACACCACCAACACCACCACGUCAUGGUUAACGCUAUUCCACGGCGGUACGUGGCCGUCUUCGUCAUCGCCGUCCGAAGGUCAUCGGGAAAGAGGGCGAAAAAAUGUUCAGUUUUUCAACGAAAAAGACGCACGCUCGGCGGCGACCCGACGGACGGAAGCGUGUUCGGAUGUCUGCGGUCGCGGACGAUCGGCGCACCGGCUAUGGCGGAAAGCACGACGGCGGCGGCGAUGGCAGCGACGGCGGUAACCAUGAGGACGGAGACCGAGUCGGUUCGCGAGACGUGUGUCACGCGUGGGCUCUUCCACGACACUGCCGGUCGCACUACACGGACUCGGCACAGUCGGCAGCUGUCGACGACCGCGACUAUACAGUUGUGAAUAGCCCCCAGUCCUCCCCAAAACAAACUGCCGUUGAAGACCCCCGCUUGAAUGGGGAAACCGUGACGGGGCACCCGUACACAGGGCGACCUACGGCGCCCAGUAUAUGUGUGCGCUUAUAUACAAUUUCGGAAGUAUGGGGUUUGAAGGAAGUUUAUUAG